AGCAGAAACUGUUAUUUAUUUAAUCAAAGUGAAAGUUGUUGUCAAGGUCAAGCAUUGAGACUUGAGAGGCAGCGCAUGAUGAGUUUCAUGUGGAACAUUGAGGUAUUAGUCAUAGCUUUAGUUGUUGUAAGGAUCAGCCAUUGGUUGUACCAAUGGUCGAACCCAAACGUCAGGUGCAGUGGCAAGUUACCGCCAGGUUCAAUGGGUUUCCCGCUCAUCGGAGAGACAGUUGAUUUCUUUAAGCCUUGUGGAUUUCUCGAGAUCCCAUCCUUUUUUCAGAAUAGGAUGCAAAGGUACGGGUCGUUGUUUCGGACCAAUAUUAUGGGUUCUAAAACUGUGAUAUGUACGGACUCAGAUGUUAUCUUCGAGAUUUUUCGACAAGAGAACCAGUCUUUCGAACAUAGCUAUCCUGAUGUUUUUGUCAAGGUUCUUGGAAAAGAUAAUUUGUUUUUCAAGACAGGGGACAUCCACAAGCAUUUAAAGAAAACCACUAUGCAUCUUAUUGGUUCUGAAGGUUUGAAGAUAAAUAUGAUAAGAAGCAUGAACCAGGCGACCCGCCAGCAUCUUAACUGGAAGGCUAGCGAAGGCACAUUCGACCUUAGGGAUGCAGUUUCAAGUUUGAUAUCAUCGUACAUGACAACGAAGCUGAUAAGUAACCUCAAAACAGAGUCUCGAGCAAAACUUAUAGAUCAUUUCAAGGCCUUCAAUUUAGAUUGGAUCCGGUCACCCUUUGCUCCCUCCACCUGGAAAAUUAUUUACGAUGUCCUUAAGGCAAGAAAAGGAGCGAUGCAGGUAAUAAAGGAAGCUCUCAAGAAGAGGAAAGAGUCAAGAGAACAACACGGAGACUUCCUAGACACGUUACUAGAGGAGAUGGAGAAAGAAGGCAGCAUUUAUGACGAAGCUUCUGUAAUAAACCUUCUCUUAACUAUUGGAGUCAUCUCAAAAGAUACUACAUCUGUCGCUACUGCCUUGAUGGUCAACUUGCUAUUCAAAAACCCAAAAGUGCUUACAGAGCUGAAGAGAGAGCAUGAGGCGAUUUUACAAAAGAGAGAAGAUAAGGAAGCUGGAGUUAGCUGGGAAGAUUACAAAUACAACAUGACUUUCACUAACAUGGUUAUCAAUGAGUCACUUCGACUGUCAAACUUGGGUUCCAUAUUAUUUAGAAAGGCCCUGAAAGAUGUUGAAAUUAAAGGAUAUAUAAUUCCAGCGGGUUGGAUCGUGGCCGUUGCACCAUCUGUGGUUCACUAUAACUCUCAAAUCUAUGAAAAACCGUUGGACUUCAAUCCCUGGAGAUGGGAGGGGAAAGACUUGAGGUCAGUGACUAAAACUUUGAUGGUGUUUGGAGGUGGAACGAGACAGUGUGUAGGAGCAGAUUUUGCGAAGCUUCAAAUGACAGUCUUCCUUCACCAUCUUGUGACCACUUACGAUUUCUCGGUGGUCCAAGCAUGUGAGAUGACUAGGACACCAUUUCCUUGCAUCACCAAGGACCUGCUUAUAAACAUCUCCCCAAAGUCCCCCAAGUGAACCUUUCCGUUCCAAGUCUUAUUAAUUAACUCACUAGUUCUAAUAAAUUGAGCAUUUCAUCCAUAAUAAAGACUAGUUUCUGCAAUCUUAAGAAUCCUUCAGAGAUUCUGAUCAAUAUAACUAUAUAACUUAUCGUUUAUAAUUUUAAGAUAUUCUACCA